CCGACAUUUUCAUUCCUGAACAACAUCAUGGUUUCCACCACCUUGGCUUCCUCCUCCUUGAGGUCUGCUCCUCGUCCGACACCCACCCAUUCGCGAUACCUCGCGUCCAUACGCGUGCCGCCUCACUGCACGAUCCUACGCCGCCGCUCACCUUGUCAUCUCUGCAGCAUUGCCAAUCGAGGUGAUGGUGACCAAGACGAGCCGAAAGCGUGCUCGCACAGAGCUCGGAGCUUCCCAAUCUUCCGACUCGGGUAUUGCCUCCCUUCCCCAUUCCCAAUCCGACUCGCUCCUGACUCUCGACUCCCAGCCAGACCCUUCUUCAUCCUCCGCACCUGCUUCCCACGUGCCCAGCAUCUCUUACGACCGACCUCAGCUCGAUACGUACACUUGGAGAUCGCCUUUGCCUAGAAGAUGCAAGGAGGAACCUUGUGUGCUCGGAGUGGAUGAGGCUGGCAGGGGCCCCGUCUUGGGUCCGCUAGUCUACGGCAUCGCGUACUGCCCCUUGGCUUUCCACGAUUUGCAGCAUGGUGGCCUGAAGGACGUGGGCUUUGCGGACUCGAAAGCGUUGACGGCGGAGCGCAGGGACGCCCUUUUGAACUCUUUGCAAGCUUUUCCGGAUACGCUCGGUUGGGCCGUCAGGAGCAUGUCGCCGCAGGACAUCAGUUCGGGCAUGCUGCGGAGGAGGCCUGUCAAUCUCAACGCUCAGAGUCUUGCUGCUACGAUGGAACUCAUUCAGGGCACGCUCGAUGCAGGAGUUAAUGUGGUACACGUCUACGUCGAUACGGUGGGAGAUCCCAAGUCAUAUCAACGACAGCUAUCUUCUGCCUUUCCCAAACACAUCCAAUGGACCGUGACUUCGAAAGCAGACGCACUCUUCGAGAUCGUGGGUGCAGCAUCGAUCGCUGCAAAAGUGACGCGAGACGCCGCUUUGGACGCCUGGCUUUACGCCGAGAAAGGCAUGAACGUGCGCGAGCCUUCUCGUCAAGCCACAGAGUCUCGCGAGAAAUGUCUGCGCAAUCAUUGGGAGACGGGAAGCGGGUAUCCUGGUGAUCCAAAGACUGUCGCUUUCCUAAACAGGACGAUGGAUCCGGUCUUUGGAUAUCCCGGAAUUGUACGUUUUAGCUGGGCGACGGUCAAGACGUUGAUGGAGGACAAGGUGCCGUUGAAGCGCAACAGGAAUGGAGAAGCUGCCACAAAUUCUGACACAGGCAGAGAGAGUUCAUUCGACACCUGCACCAUCAGACCCGCUGCCGGAUGCAGAAGAGCAUACACCAUCAAAUGGAACGACGAACCUCUGACCAUCAACAAAUUUUUCAGCGCGAAACCCAAAGCUGUCGCCGUCUCAGGUGCGAGCAGAGCUGCACAGAACAUCGCGGCUGGCGACGAGGCGGACAAGGUCAGAUCGAAGCUCGCGAGGGAGCUGGGUCUGCAGAGCGUCGGUGAGCUCUGAGAGGGUUCGUGUUGCCGUGGUGAGAAGAUCGCACCAUUGCCGUCAUCUAUUCCACGGUGCUCCUUUAUGUUGGGGCGCGAUCGCCUCGAAGACCAAGGUUGCGCAUCGAGCAUCCAUUGACCUCAGCCAUGCACUUCUCAAGUGGGGCCGCGCCGUGGUAAGACUACGUCUGCUUGUUGUCCGAAAGGCCUCGAGGUACUCGAGAUCGCAACGCGAAGGUGGAGCGAUGCUGAUAGGAAGGUGCAAUGGCUGCUCUUGAAUCAACAGCCAGAAAGCCCCUCAAAUAAAGAAACGUCAACUUUGCGGGGUGAUGGAGGGAGGGGGUCUAUAUCUGCAGAGAAUCGUUGCAGUCUGGACUCAAACGUCUGCGAUCAGGAUCAUGCAUCAAACAAUUUAUGG